CAUGCGCCACGCGCCCCGCGGGAGGCGGAGCCGCCGCCACGUCGCCGCGGUGCCCGGUAAGAUGGCGGCGGCCGGUGGCAGAGCUGUACGCGUCGGCGCUCUCUGCCUCCUGCUGCUCUGCGGCGCGGCCGUGGCGGCCCCCAGCGCGGACACGGGCGAUUCUGUGAAAGGCGUGUUGCUUCAAAAGAAUAUUUCUAGAAGUGAGAAUGAAACGCUAAAUGGAUCCCAGAAUUUGACAGCUGACUUGCAGAGCAUAACCCCAACAAAAAAAGCAGCAUUCCCAACAACAGCUGAAAUGGAUUCAGUGACGGCAGUGAAACCAUCUGCAGCAAAAGGUGAUUCUCCGCCGGAUGUUUCCUCUCGUGUGGUGACUGCUAGUCCUGUAUCUCAGAUGGAUGUUGAUGCUUCUGAAGAUACUAAAAUAGAGGAAGAAGAUCUUUUAACUGAUUUGAAAGACACACUAAAUAGUUCACCACCUGUCAUAAAAGAAACCAUAGAGACAGAUGGAGGAGAUGAGUAUGGUACUUACGAAAUGACAUCAAACUCCAGAUACAACUCAGAUGUAGAGAUACCAGAAGAUGACGACUCUGACACUAUUAGUAAUUACAAUGAGGAGAUCAAGUCCCUGGAUGAGAAGAUAAAAGGUGUUUCUGUCACAGGGUUGGAAGAAGAAGAAGAAGACAGCCAUUUCUUUUUUCAUCUGGUUGUGGUUGCCUUCUUAGUAGCUGUUGUUUAUGUCACCUAUCACAAUAAGAGGAAGAUCUUCUUAUUGGUCCAGAGCCGAAGAUGGAGGGAUGGCCUGUGCUCCAGGACAGUAGAGUAUCAUCGUUUAGAUCAGAACGUUAACGAAGCAAUGCCUUCCCUGAAAAUAACUAAUGACUAUGUAUUUUGAAAGCACUGUGAUUUGAGUUUGCUGAACUUAACACUCUUUGCCUGCCUAGUCAUGUAAUGAUAUUCAGGUAUUCUAAAUAUGCUGCUUGUACUGAAAUGAGAUGUACUCUCUUUGACCUGGGUGGUUUGAGAUUAAAUCUCAUGCAAUAUCAAGGGCAUGAUACAUCCGUUCGCUACUUUGGUCAGGUUUUAUAUCAGUAUAAAGAUACAGAGUUUAAUAAUUAGUGCUCUUUCCAUUCAUUAAGCAUCAUCCCUUCUGUCUGGAGCAGGCUUAAUAGCGGUAAUACAAAAAAUAAGCAUAAAAUAUUUUAGGUCUGGUAAAUUAAUUACUUUGGCAUCACUAAAUCAAAUUAACGAUCUCUUUGCUAAUCACUUAUGCAGCUCAUAAAUCCCACUAUAUUGCAAACUUAAAAUGUAAUUCCUUCUGUGCUUAAAUCCUGAUGCUCCAAAUCUUUCUUGUGGGGUUUUUGGUUCUGUUUUCUUGUUGCAUAACUUGGUUCUAUUUUAGGCAGAAUGGCUGCCAUGGUGAUUUCUUAAUUUCUGUCUGUCUUCUUGCAGUAAAGAAUUUAAAAAGAAUUACGUAUCAACCAUCUUAUUUCAGAAAUAAUAUACCAUAUAUUUCUUUAAAAUGUUUGAGAUCCUUGGGAAGGUGUGGCAGCUUCUUGACUGUCCAUUUUUUUUCUCUAAUGGUAUUUAUGGCUAUUUUAUUAUCUUUUUUAAUUAAUGAAUGGAAAACAAGCCUUGUUGAAUAAUCUUACUAAAACAUAGGUAGUUGACAGGCUUUCAAUACAGCACAGCUUUUCGUUGAUUUUUAAGACAUUUGGGAAACAGUUAUAUGGUUUGCUCUAAAUGGGAGAGGCCUUAAAAUGUAAGAAUAAUUGCUUUUGUUGUUAUUCUGAUCCGAGUAACAGGCAGGUGAAGGGAAUGGUUUGUGGGGCUGCCAGUCUGUGGACGGCACGCUCUGAUUUUGACAAACACUUAGGCAUUAAUGUAAAUCAAGUUACUGGUACAGUACUUUUUUACCUUAUCUUUUGUACUUCCAUUAUUUAUGUUUUCAUGAGUUGUAAAUUAUAAAAAUCUUAGUUUUCUGUACAUUCUGUUCGUGAUUUAGUUUUCAUAAAUAUGUAAAUAAUGGUGGAUCAGAACCCCAUGAUUAAUGACUUGUUAUUCAAGUAAUUCUGUAAUGUUUUGAAAAAGCAACUUUACAGCAGUUGGCAUGAGGAGUCCGAAGGCACGAUACUGUCUUACCAAUUGAACCUUACUGUUAAACGCGUUCUUUUCAUAACCACAAGAAGUAAAGCACAAACAAAAUAUCCCCAAACUCUUUUCUUGCAGUAGUUUUUACCAUAUUUGGACUUGUAUCACUUAAUAUUUUGAAUAAGAUUUUUAAAAUAAAUGACAA